AUGUCUGAUCAGGAAUUGAAGGAAGAUCCGACGCUGUCGCCAGCGAACUCCGCGGGGAACAAUGUUGGCGGGGAUCCGGACACGCCCACGGGGUCUGGCAGUGGCGGGAACGGUGCGUCGCAGAAGGAGAGGCGGAAGAUAGAGAUCAAGUUUAUAGAGAACAAGACGCGGAGGCAUGUCACGUUCUCGAAGCGGAAACACGGGAUCAUGAAGAAGGCGUUUGAGUUGUCCGUGCUCACGGGGACGCAGGUUUUGUUGCUUGUCGUCUCGGAAACUGGGCUUGUUUACACUUUCAGUACUCCGAAGUUUGAACCCAUCGUCACGCAGCAGGAGGGGAGAAAUCUGAUCCAGGCGUGUUUGAACGCUCCAGACGAUGAUGACGAGGAGGAGGAGGAGGCGGACGACGAGGAGGCCCAGAGACAGCAACAGCAGCAAGUGCAGAAGCAGCAACAGGUGCAGCAGCAGGGACAACAGCAGGCAAUGCACGCACAGCAGCAGCAGCAGUUGCAACAGCAGCACCAGCAGAUGCAGAUGCAGCAGGUGCCCCAACAGAUGGGCCAACCACCACACUUGCACCAGUUACCACCCGUCGCAGGAGACCACCCGCAUGCGUUCUCGAUGGACGGGUUCGGAAACGGUAAAGAUGGGCAAGGUGUGCCCAUGGGCGGGCCUGGGAACCCGGGAACAGGCAGUAUACAACAGCAGGGGAUCCCCCAACAGCAACAGCAGGGGAUACCGGCGCCUCAGCAGCAACAGCAGCAGCAGCAGCCCCACGACCAAAUCAAGAUGGACCCGCAUGGAAGCGCAAGCGGCGCCACGAACGCGGUGUACCAGCAGUACUUCCAAACCGCACAACCAAACCAAUACUAG